AUGAACGGAAUGGACGAGAUGACCGACUACAACACUAUGCUAAAAAAGGACAUAGCAUCACUCAAGACAAUUGGCGCUCCCAUUGCAAAGACAAUAUUUUGUUCCGUGAUACGAGCACCAAUGGUAGAUGUAUCGUGUGAUUCGUACGGAUUUGUGGACGCGAAAACCCUAUUUUUUGGGCGUUCUGAUUCACUUUCAUUCACUCAGCAAACAUCGGUUUUUGAAUAUCAAACAGAAGGUUCUGUGAGGCAAUGCAUCAUCACAGAUGAUAAUUCUGUCUUUGUACUUGGUGCAAGCUUCGAGAUGGUUUAUCCUAUUUAUUCUAAAAUUGAAAUAUUUGGGACUUCGAUUUCGACUGAUGGCGAAAAAGUGUACGUCACAACACCAAAAGGCUUUUUCGUGUUAGAUCAAACAACUUUCACACUGACACUCAGGUGUUCUGGAAAUUUCAUUUCGUCCUUCGUCGACAGACAAAACAAACUCAUAUAUGGUCUUCGCAAAGAUCGUGUUGAUAUAUUCAAUUUGGAUUCAUUCGCGUAUAAAAGAGUUAUCACCCUUCCUGAACAUGCUAUUUCGUUUGAUAAGGCCAACAAACCAUUUGACUUUGCAGUCAGUCUCAAAAGUGGAGCGCGACUUGUGUUUUCUGGUGAAACAACAAUCUAUUUAAAUCCUCUCUUUGAUAAUGUUGUCAGUAGCUGGUGUUUUGGCGACUGCACUGUUUCGUGUAAUUACAAUACUCUUUCCAGCGACUACACUUCGACACAGAAGAAAUACAACGUGACUGUUUCGCGGUUAAUAAAAAAAGAAGAACGCUUCGUGGAGCAGUUUGAUACAUACACAAUGGAUCAACCUUGGGGCGUGAUCUGUGAAAAGACGAACUCUUUCUUGAACGAAAAAGUUUCGCUUCAAAUAGUCACACAGAGUGAGUUGGUUGAAUUUGGUUGGGAUGCGGAACCUCUCUUUUUCCCAAUCCGAGUACUGCGAAAGGUUCAGAGUAAAGUCGAGCCGGUCGAGAGUGAGAUUUUCAACAUAAUGAAUGACGACUUGUAUCCGUGCCAAGUUGCCUCCUUAUUCGUUGACUAUGAAUCGCCAGAUGAUCAAACCAAGCUUGGUGAUCUUCUUAAGAAAUCGCCACAACACAUUUCCCAAAAGAUUCGUGUGAUUGGAUGUUUGGGUAAUGCCGUCGAGAAGAUUUUUUCACCAAGUUACAACGAGGAUGUGGUCGCGAUAUUCGAGCGAACGAAGAGGGACAUCACAAGUAAGGCCGAUAUUGUAGUCGCGUUGCUUCACACCGUUCAAGUCUAUUCGGCGCUCUCUGAUAUCUUUGUUAUACCCCUUGACAUUUUGAACUUGACUGUUGGCCAGCUUCUUGUUAACCAACAAACAAGGGAACUUGUUGCUCAGACGAAUCUAUCGAUAGUCGAACAAUCUGGUAUAUAUGACUUGAUCUGUCCAUUCUCACAGUGUGGUGAAUUCUUCGACGAAGAAAUGUGUGUCUGCCGUCUUGUUAACGAACUGCUUUUGGUCGAAGUAACACCAGUAAAAUUCAUCCAACUUAUGUCCGUUCGUUCCGACAUUCCUCGGAUUGUCUGUUUUGAGUUGAUCAAUCAAAAUAGAAUUGAGUUGUGUGGAAAAGUAGUUUUGGGAUAUGGCAGUGAGGAACUGAAACAAUGGGUGUUGGAAGGGAGGUGGUUCAAUCUCUACAGUGAGAACAAAACAUUUCAAAAACUCAAAAAUGAUAUUAUUGAAAGAUUGAGAUUGGUUCUUUCAAAAAGCAGAACGGUGAAAGACGAGAUUUUGAGUGACGAGAUUCUUGAAAUGCGAUUAAAUGAGAUACGUGGCGGAAUGGAAAUAGAGAAGAGGGCAAAAAUUGCAAGGAAUUACAUUGAGCAAAUGCAGCUCAACAACAAAACAUACAAAUACGACGAGUUUGUCAGUGUAUUGGAGAGAAAUAGAAUAGAAAUAGAAUUAAUAGCAUCUGGCCGUUUAGAGAAAACCACCUACUUGCUGUCCAAGGAACAACUUGAUUAUUUAGGAGCUCACUGA